AGCCCACAUUUUCCGAGAGCGGUUUGGAUUUUCCCCAUCAAUAGAAAGCUGAUCGGCAAUCACUCCUCACAACGCAACAUCAGUGUACCCAACAGGCGCAACUACUCCGCCUUGCCAAAAAAGCAAGAUUUAUCUCUCCCUCUCAACAACAUUCUGUUGAAGGUGGAGUCUCUGGUUGGAUCGGAUUCGAAAGCGGAUACCCUCGUUUGGCUUUUUCGUUGUGGCAAAAGGACUGAGGAACUGUUAUCCGGUUGGCCCAGCCACAAAUCUCCUACCCGUACUGACAAGAUCGGUCCAGCAGCACGGUAUCGCUCAACAAGAUUGAUCGAAGACCCACAAAAACUUUCCAGAACACAAAACUGACUUUUAACUAUCACGAUGGCGUCCUUCUUAUCGUUUGUAUACCGUCGGCAAACAAGCGCUCCAGCGAGCUUUGACUCAUCUACACGUCGAGGCGCCGCAGCAGCAGAAGCACGACACUCUCUUCCUAGCAGCAUCGGCAAAACUGAAGACAUUACUGAGCUUGAUGGCAACCGCCCCCAGUUCUUACCUCCUGGGGUCAGUUCCAGCGGGAGCAGUGAAUCAGCCUGGGCAGCUCCCCACAACUUGAGCAGCCACGAUGAGUCGGAAGAUUCCUCCGUUGUGGUACUCGACGAUGAUGAAGAUGAUCGCUUCCUCUCGUCACCCUUCACCCCUGAAGGCUUGCUGCCACGAAAGUCUGUGGAUAGCAUGCGCCGAAAUCUCAAGUUGGAGAUGCCUCCUCGCGCUUUGGACAAGUCAAUGUCGUCAGCUCACACUGAAGCCGAGUUUUCUGGAGUGGCCAAGAUCCUGGCAGGAAGGGUCAAGCCCCAAGGAAAUGCUAUGAAAUCCCCUGCUCGGGCCAGCAGUAAAAGUCAAAACAUUUACAGGGACGCCGAAGGCGAUUCUGACGAAGACAACAUGAUCUUGCCACCACCACAGUAUAUGGUACAAAGCACGUCUACAUUUGGAUCUUCCAUCCAAUCGCCACCAGUUUCUACCUCGUCCUUUUACUCCAAGCAUUCGUCGAAGAACCAUGCCCCCGUGGCCAUGUCUCCCGUGCUUCAGGUGGGCCAAGCCCGCACUGCCGUCGGGGCUCUGGUCGCGCUGAGAGAGGCUGCCAACAGUCACCCGAAUGCGUCCAUUGCCAUGUCGUCAUCGUCCGCGAAACAAGCCGAGCAAAAGACGACUGCAAAGAGUGAACCAGCUGGGCAGAAAAAGAAGAGCCGACACCAACAUCACUUGACGAAGCAACACUCGUUCCCCAUGAGUGUAUUGCCCCCGCGUCCCAAGGAGUUUGAUCAGGUGGAGCAACAGCAUCCUGUGGAGGAGGAAGAAGUUGCGCCUCCAAGAGAUGAGAAUGCCAAUGUUCCUUACCAUCCGUCAGCCAUCGGAGUUCGAAGACGUAGUGAUGGUGUAUUCAACACGGCUUCCAUUGGGACCGGCUUGGAGCCUUCUCGAACGGGUGGGGUAUCUCAAUUUCAGCGUUACGGCGUUCAUACCUUGGAUAACAACAGGAUACAUCUUUCGUCUUCGAUGUCAUCCAAGAGCAGCAUGAUUUCCACCGGGCAACAAAUGGACGAGCAGCUUUCUACUGCAAGGACUUGGGCCGCGGCGGGGAGUCUGGCGUUGUCGGAUGCCUUGGCAACAGCCAACUCAGAGCCGAAAGCGAUUGCCUACGAUGAAGUUGAAGAGGAUUUUGACGAUCUAUUGGUUGCUCGCAAGUUCCGAAACCAAGAGAUGCAAAAGGAGCGCAUGAAGUUGGAAGAUACUUUCUUUGAGCUAGAAGAGGAGCACGAAUCGGAGUAUACCAGAGACGAAGAGGAUUAUGGUGAGGAGGCAUCUGAAUAUUAUCCUGAGCAGGAAGUUGAAGAGACCCACUACCGGUACAAGGAGACUGAUGGCAUUGACUUUGAGGAUGCCCUGCUUCGGCGCAAAGCCCGCAACCAACGUCAUGAAACGGAAAAGUUUCUACACGAAGUAGUCGCACGCUUGAGAGACAAUCUGGACCUGGUCGCCGAUAUCGAAGCUGCUGCCAGUCGGACUGUGGCUGCUAUGGGUAGCUGGUUCGUCAAGACGCCCAUUGAUACUGAAAAUCUUCUUACUGGAUUCUCUUUCGAGCGUCGAAACAAGCUCUUGUCAUGCAUUGACUCUAUUCUCAACGAGAUGGCACUUGCUCAGCCUGAAGAAUUCAUUGUGUCUCCUUCGAAGGUGCCCGUUAUGGCUGUUAGCCACGACACGCUAACACAGGCAUUGCACUUUUGUCGCGCACUGAUUGUGUCCGCGAUUCCAAGAAACGAAAGGGAAAAGAUGGUGAAAGAACUGCCUUGUGAUGAAGUAAACUCAAACCAACAGCAUCUAUUCGUUUGGAAGAGUCUCCCAGAACUCAACCACGCCCUUGGCAUUGUUGCUCCGCCACAGACGCCGGUCACAGUUCGCGGUGGUGGGACAUCCUUGUUUUCACUGCCCGAAGAGUCUGGAGCUGAAACUCCUCACACUUCGAACGUGAGUCUGGCUACGAGCAUUACGUCCGUCAACACGUACAACGCUCCCAGGCAGAGAGCAAACCAAUCGGCGCGCCCGCAGUUGAUUCUGCAACAGGAUGGACUUCAACUUCGCCAAACUGUCCAAGUCAUCUCAUCGUUGCUGCAGAAGCUAUCUUUGGCUUGCAUGGACCUGGGAGAGGUCAAUGCCGGCAAGCAAAGCACCGACAUGGCUCGAAAAUACGUUUUGGCCUGCGACAACAUCAAGCAGCUGUACCUACGGUUACUUACCAUCAAGAAGGAAGAUGCCAAAGCUCUAAUGGGAACGUUCUACUUGGAAUCGCAGUCUCCUGAGAGCAACGCCAUGAUUGCUCGAGAGGUUUCUGCGGACGAAGAGGACAUGGCUGAGACACACUCGAAGGACAUGCGGGCUGUACGAACCGUACCCAUGUUCAGUGGUCGAUUUCAGGGCCAAAAUCGAGGUCAAACGACGUUGCUCGUCGAUCGUGUUGGGAACUCGAUGUCGUUUGGUGGUCCUACCCCAAUGCCUUCGCCCAGGAGGAGCUCGUAUCCAUUGGAGAUGCCGCGGCAACAACCCAGGGAAAGCAGGGGCAUGAGCUUGUUUUCCCCAUCCACGGAAGAUAUGAGAAGCAAGGCCAGCGACUACUCAAUCCCCUAUGAAUUGGACGACCUGCGCCGCCAAGUGGGCAGCUAUGACAGGGAUGACAGCGACGACACCGAGGAGCGAGAUGGACCAUGUGAAAACGGAUUUGAGACUCGAGAAGAGGCGGAGGAGUGGCGAGCGAUGUAUGAAAACGUGUCCUUGGCGGCCUCAUCCCUCCGAUCAUUAGGACAACCACAAGCCAAGAGCACAGCCAGGUAGGAAGGUACACACAUGAAAUUGCGUCAGUCAAGGGACACAGAAAAAUACAUAAACGGGCGGGAACUCUCGUUGGCUGUGAACCAGUCUCUCUAUAGUAAAAAAGAAAGAGCCAACGAGAGAUAUACAAGGAUAAACAAUAACACAAAAUUUUGCCCAUUAAUUACACUUCACUAAUUCCAAAUCUAUCUCUAUCAAUAUC